AUGUUGAUUCUGGCUGAGUCCCCAAAAUCUUGGAUUGAAGAGGUCUUCAGUAAGAGAGAAUGUGCACACAUCAUUCCCGGCUCAAAAGAUCCACAUAGGUGUCCUGCAGGAUGCCAGGUGUGCCAGAAUUUAAUCAGAUGUUGCUGUGGACGGCUGAUUGGAGAUCACCCAGGAGUAGACUGCAGCUGGCCAGUUUAUCAGACUGGUUCAGAGGGGGAUGGUGGAGAAUGGUCUGUGCAAAAACACACAAAGAUGAGUCCAACGGAUGCAUUUGGUACAAUCAAUUUUCAAGAUGGAGACCACACUUACCAUGCCAAGUAUAUUAGAGUUUCUUAUGAUAGCAGUUUGGAUCAGCUGUUGCACCUGAUGGUUAAAGAAUGGCAGAUGGAGUUGCCAAAGCUUGUGAUCUCUGUUCAUGGAGGCAUUCAAAAUUUCAAGCUUCCCUCAAAGGUCAAGCAGGUUUUCAGCAAAGGUUUGAUGAAGGCUGCUGAGACUACAGGAGCAUGGAUAAUUACAGAAGGCAUCAACAGCGGAGUGUCCAGACAUGUAGGGGAUGCACUGAAAGGCUGUGCCUCACCACACCUGAGAAAGAUCUGUGCUAUUGGGAUUCCUCCAUGGGGUAUCAUUGAGAACCAGAGGGAUCUCAUUGGAAAAGAUGUAGUUUGCCUGUACCAGACUCUUGGUAACCCACUCAGCAAGCUGAGUACGCUCAACAGCAUGCAUUCUCAUUUCCUAAUGGCAGAUGAUGGGACAGUAGGCAAAUAUGGGAAUGAAAUGAUGCUCAGGAGGAAUUUGGAGAAGUACAUAUCACUUCAAAAAAUACACAGAAGAAUGGACCAAGGUGUACCCAUAGUUGGGCUGGUGUUGGAAGGAGGCCCCAGAGUGAUCCAAAUGGUAUGGGAGUACGUGAGGUCCAGCCCAGCUGUCCCAGUGGUGGUCUAUGAGGGCACUGGCAGAGCUGCAGAUGUACUGGCAUUUACCCAUAAACACAUGCGUGAUACAGGGGAUCUGUGCCCUCAGGUGAAGGAGAAGGUCUUGGUGAUGAUUCAAAACACAUUUAGUUUGGGGCAAAAGGAGUCCAGUCAUCUAUUUCAUGUUUUGAUGGAAUGCAUGGAGCACAGAGAGUCCAUAACCAUCUUUGAUGCUGAGUCAGAAGAUCAGCAGGACAUUGAUUUGGCAAUUCUGACUGCACUCUUGAAAGGUACAAAUAUGUCUGCUUCAGAUCAGCUGGAUUUGGCAUUGGCCUGGAAUCGGCUAGAUAUUGCCAAGAAACACAUACUUGUUUAUGGUCAGCACUGGAAGGUUGGUGCCUUGGAACAGGCAAUGCUGGAUGCUUUAGCGAUGGACCGUGUAGAUUUUGUGAAGCUGUUAAUAGAGCACGGAGUGAACAUGCACUGUUUUCUUACCAUAUCUCGUUUGGAAGAACUCUACAACACAAAACAAGGACCAUCGAAUCUACUUUUGCAUCACCUAGUUCGUGAUGUGAAACAGAAUACCCUUUCUCUGGAUUACAAGAUAUCGCUGAUUGAUAUUGGACUAGUGAUAGAGUACCUCCUUGGUGGAGCUUAUCGGAGCAGCUACACAAGGAAACAUUUUCGAAUUCUCUACAACAAUCUGAACAGAAAACACAAGAAUAACCAGCAUAAUCAGGGAAACAGAAUGGGAUCCACAGAAAGUACUUUGCAUUCUCAGUUCUUCAGAACAGCACAGCCUUACAAAUACAAGGAAAGAUCCAGUGCCUUCCAUACAUUUAAGAAGAAAUCAAAAGAGGAUAUAAACUGCACAGAGAAUUAUGAGUCAACUGGCUUUAUCUACCCUUAUAAUGACCUCCUGGUUUGGGCAGUAUUAAUGAAAAGGCAGAAGAUGGCAAUGUUCUUCUGGCAGCAUGGAGAGGAAGCCAUGGUCAAAGCUGUUGUGGCUUGUAAACUCUACAGGGCAAUGGCACAUGAAGCCAAACAGAGCAACAUGGUGGAUGACACUUCAGAAGAGCUCAAGAAGUAUUCAAAGGAAUUUGGGCAGCUUGCCUUAGAUGUACUGGACAGAGCAUUCAAACAAAAUGAGCAGAUGGCCAUGAAGUUGCUGACCUAUGAACUGAAAAACUGGAGCAACUCAACUUGCUUAAAACUAGCAGUGUCUGUGGGGCUGCGGCCUUUCAUAUCCCAUACAUGCACACAGAUGCUGCUGACUGAUAUGUGGAUGGGACGCCUGAAGAUGAGGAAGAACUCCUGGUUUAAGGUCAUUAUGAGUAUUCUCCUGCCUCCCACUAUCUUGAUGCUGGAAUUUAAGAGCAAGGCAGAAAUGUCUCAUGUGCCUCAGUCUCAAGACUUCCACCAGUUCACAUGGUAUCAUGGGGAUCAGAGGCCAGCCAGCUCUAAAGAUGCUCUGUCUCUGGAUUAUGAUGUGGAAAAGGUUGCUCAGAAGUCUCAUGAAGACCAAGUAGAUGCUGGACAAGGAAACCUGCCUAGUACUAGAAAAAUAUAUGAAUUCUACAACGCGCCAAUUGUCAAGUUCUGGUUUCACACGAUGUCAUACAUGGCAUUUCUCAUGCUCUUCACUUACACUGUGUUGGUGAAGAUGGAACCAAGACCAAGUGUGCAAGAGUGGCUUGUUAUCAUCUAUAUUUUCACCACUGCUGUUGAAAAAGUCAGGGAGGUAUUUAUCUCAGAAUCUGGAAAAUUUUGCCAAAAAGUGAAGGUGUGGAUUUAUGAAUACUGGAAUUUUACUGAUUCUAUAGCUAUCAUCCUGUUUAUGAUUGGGUUUUGUUUGCGCUGGUCCAAUAGCUCUGUUCAAACUGCAGGGAGACUACUUUACUGCUUGGAUAUUAUAUUUUGGUAUACUCGCCUCCUUGAUUUUUUUGCUGUGAAUCAGCAUGCUGGCCCAUACCUGACAAUGAUUGGGAAAAUGACAGCAAACAUGUUUUAUAUUGUGGUCAUGAUGGCCAUAGUUUUGUUGAGUUUUGGAGUGUCACGAAAGGCAAUUCUUUCACCAGAAGAGCCUCCUUCUUGGACUCUGGCACGAGAUAUUGUAUUUCAGCCCUACUGGAUGAUGUUUGGUGAGGUCUAUGCUGGAGAAAUAGAUGUUUGUGAAAACAAUGAAGACUGUCCUCCUGGCUCCUUCCUCACACCGUUUCUCCAAGCUGUCUACCUCUUUGUGCAAUACAUCAUCAUGGUCAACUUGCUUAUUGCUUUCUUUAACAAUGUUUAUUUUGAUUUGAAAUCCAUAUCGAACAAGCUCUGGAAGUACAACCGGUACCGCUACAUUAUGACCUACCAUGAGAAGCCAUGGCUGCCUCCACCAUUCAUUCUCCUGAGCCACAUUGGACUUCUGAUAAAUCGCAUUUUCCACCAUCAGCCCCAAAAUGAGCUGGAUCAAGAGGAAGGCGACGUUGGACUAAAACUGUACCUGAGUGAUGAGGAGCUAAAGAAACUGCAUGACUUUGAGGAGCAGUGUGUGGAAAAAUAUUUUCAUGAGAAGAAUGAAAGUCUGAGUUCCAGUGACAGUGAAAGGAUCCAUCUGACUGCAGAAAGAGUGGAGGAGAUGUUUCUGCAGCUUAAAGAAGUGCAUGAGAAGGUAUUUUAUAUCAAAGAAUCUUUAGUCUCCCUGGACAGCCAGCUAGGACAUUUGCAAGACCUGUCUGCCUUGACAGUGGACAUCCUGAAAGUGCUUUCAGCUGUAGACACCUUGCAGGUGGAAGAAGCCUUACUGGCUGACCCAAAACAUCAAACCUGCAGGAAGUUGCCCCAUAGCUGGAGCAAUGCACUCUAUUCCAAGACCUUGAGCAGCCUGGAGUGUUUGUAUGACAAGAAAUACCACUACUACAGCAUGCCACCCUCCCUCUUUCGGAGCUUGGUAAGGAGCCAGUGUCCAUCAGAGUGCAAAGACCAUGAAUUGCGGUCUGAGAGUAACAAAGUGGUAGAAGACAAGGUAGAAGUGGAAAGAGACACGCUCACUUCAGGAGUAUCUUCUGAGAAUAAGUCAACUCCUAGAUAUGGUCAGUUUUUGCUGGUGCCCCCUGACCAUCAGGGAAGAUCUUUUUCUGAGGAUGUCACCUUAAAUUUGUCUUUUUUGAGCACUCCUGCCAAGUACAAGGAUGAGGCAUUCAGAGAUGACCUGCAAAAUAGCAUUGUGGUGCAGCAAAACUUGCCAAAUAUCAGCCUCAUUGGAAAAGAGACAGAAUGUUAUCAGUGCAGCCAGAGAGACUUUGUUAUUCAUUUGCCAUCAGAAAAGACUAAUGCUGUAGGCACUGAUCAUUCUCUUAGUCUCCAGCAUCCUCUGAAUAUUGAAGAUAGUGUAGCAUCCCUCUGCAAUGACAGGGAAGAAAUUGAAGGUGGUUAUGUGAACUGGGGAUUCUCUGAAGGUGAUGAAAAAGGGGUGUUCAUCUCAGAUUUACAGAAAGCAGCCCUGGGCUUAAAUUCCUCCUAUGACAGAGAUGGUAACUGCAAGAGCAAUCCUCCCAGGCAUGUCCAGUUAAGACAAUCAAAGUCCUUCUCCUGCAACUCUGACUGGUCACAUCACAGUGGCAGCAUGUCUCAGAACAAGCUGAAACGAAGUACCUCUCUCUGGAUCAGCCCGCUUUGGAGGGACUGGAGUUUCUGCAGAAGCAACAGCUUGCGGUCCCAUAAGAAAGAGAGAUCAGGGAAAACCUACAAGGCUAUAGGUGAGUCUUUACGAUCCAGUGAGCUACACCACAGUGAGGCAACAAAAGCAAAACAACAAAACAGAGACAAAAAGUCUGGGCGAGGAAAGAGGAAUCAAAACCCCCUUCCAGUGCCGGUGAUUAGAGUGGAUGGUUGUUCCCAGAACACUCAAGUGAGCUCAGAGCCCGCAGAGAUCAAUGUCUGGGCUGAGCAAGAGAAAUACAGCAAGAAUUGUCUCACUGUGUCUAAUUUCAGUCAGCUAAGUUUGGAACGUUUCAGAUACAUGCACCAGAAAAAGAAAAAUCAAGACAUUGGUAGACAUACCAUAUCAUUCUGUGAUUACCUGAGGCAUUCUCAAGAGGUGAAGAGAAAGAGAGAAAUAGAAAUUUUGUAUUCUGUAAAACCUGGCCUUGGAGUCUACAUCAAUAAGUCUUUGAAAUGUGAAACACAGGAUCAGACAAGUGAAAUGAAGGAUUUCAGUAAUAGCAUAUUUGGAACCACCAAGAAAAAUAUCUUUGCCUGCUUGAAAACAUCUCAAGAUUUGCAUCAUCACUACUCAGCUGUUGAAAGAAACAACUUAAUGAGACUUGCUCAGACCAUACCAUUUACACCAGUCCAGCUCUUUGCUGGUGAGGAAGUGACAGUCUAUCAGUUGGAAGAAAGUUCACCUAUGAACCUUGAUAAAAGCAUGUCUUCCUGGUCCCACUGUGGUACUGCUGCAAUGAUCCAAGUGUUGUCACAGGAGGAGAUGGAUGGGGGUCUGCGGAGGGCCAUGAAGGUCAUUUGUACUUGGUCUGAGAAUCAUGUAUUAAAGCUGGGACAAGUAUUUAUUGUGAAGUCUUUUCUGCCAGAGGUGGUUCAAACUUGGCAAAAGAUCUUUCAUGAUGGCACUGUGUUGCAUCUCUGCUUGAGGGAGAUCCAACAACAAAGGGCUGCCCAGAAGUUAAUGUAUAUCUUCAACCAAGUGAAGCCUCAUACUAUUCCCUAUACUCCAAGGUUCCUGGAAGUUUUCCUCAUCUACUGCCAUUCAGCAAAACAGUGGCUGACCAUUGAGAAAUAUAUGACUGGUGAAUUUCGGAAAUACAACAACAACAACGGAGAUGAGAUUAUUCCCAGCAGCUCGCUGGAAGAACUGAUGCUGGCUUUCUCGCACUGGACCUAUGUGUACACCCGUGGGGAGCUCCUUGUCCUGGAUUUGCAAGGUGUUGGGGAAAACCUUACAGAUCCAUCUGUGAUUAAACCUGAAGACAAAAA